AUGUCGGGUGUGCCGAGGGAGCCGGCUGAGCACCACCUUCACGUAUGGCCUGAGGCCAAUCCGGUGAAGCAACCUCUCCGCCGCUUCGCCGAAGAUAGGAGAAAGGCCAUUGCCUCCUUGAUCCGCUUCGCCAGCCGGCUGGGGGAGAAGGCACUGCCCUUGUACCAGCUGCUCAAGAAGUCAGACACCUUCGUCUGGUCUCCGCAGGAGGACGCGGCAUUCCGUGACCUGAAGCGCAUGUUAUCAACUGCGCCCAUCUUAGCAUCGCCGACUUCCAAAGAGCCAAUGCUGAUGUACAUAGCUGCCACCAACCGCAUGGUCAGCGCCGUCCUGGUGGUGGAGCACAAGGAAGAGGGUAAGGAGCAGGCGGUCCAGCGCCCAGUUUAUUACCUUAGCGAGGUGCUCUCACAGUCCAAGCAAAACUACCCCCACUACCAGAAGCUCACCUACGGUGUGUACAUGGCGGUCAGGAAACUCAAGCACUACUUCCAAGAGCAUCCCAUCAAGCUCGACUUCACCGCGUCCAACAAUGUGGCAGAGUACGAGGCGCUCAUUCAUGGGCUCAAGCUGGCCAAGGAGAUAGGAGUGCAUCGCAUCCUCUGCUUCGGCGACUCCGACUUGGUUAUACAGCAAGCUUCUGGCGAAUGGGACGUGAAGGAUGCCAACAUGGCAUCGUACCACUUCCACGUCCAGCAGAUCGCCGGCUUCUUCAAGGGGUGUGAGUUUCACCAUGUGCCCCGUGCCAACAACGAGGCAGCUGACGCACUAUCCAAGAUCGGCUCAACCCGGCAAGCUAUACCACCAGGCGUCACCCUGGAACACUUGCGAAAGCCAUCCAUCACACCUUUGCCGGAUUUCGACCCCAUAUACGUGUCGGCUGACCCGGGGGUUCUUCAGCCGGACCCGGGGGUUCCUCAGUCGGACCCGGGGGCUUCUCAGCCGAACCCGGGGGCUCCUCAGCCGGACCCGGGGGCUUCUCAGCCAAACUCGGGUGCUCGCCAGCCGGACCCGGGGGCUUCUCAGCCGGACCCGGGGGCUUCCGAGCCGGAGACAACAGUGGCAAGCGUGUUCGAGAUAAAAUGUGUACCAUCAUGGGCACAACAAUUCCUCUCAUACCUGGCCGAUGGCAAGCUGCCCGAGGACCGAGUCCAAGCCAGCGUAAGUGGGGUGUUCCAGCGCUGCAUCGAGACGGAUGAAGGGAUAGAGCUCCUCAGAGAGAUCCACCACGGAGAGUGCGGCCACCAUGCCUCCUCCAGAGCCAUCGUGGGCAAAGCCUUCCGCCAUGGCUUCUAUUGGCCAACUGCAUUGAAAGAUGCUAAGAACAUGGUCAGGGCAUGCAAUGGCUGCCAGCGCUUCGCUAAGAAAAGGCAUGCGCCGGCUUCCGCCCUGAAGACUAUCCCCAUUACUUGGCCAUUUGUUGUGUGGGGCCUCGACAAGUUCACCAAGUGGAUAGAGGCCAAGCCCAUCAAGAAAUUGGAUGGUUCCACGGUCGUCACCUUCCUCAAGGACAUCAUUUUGCGAUACAGCUAUCCCCAUAGCAUCAUCACCGACAACAGCACCAACUUCGCCCAAGGGGUCUUCUCUCGCUUCUGUGGGGAAAAAGGGAUCCAGAUGGACCUAGCGUCCGUGGCCCACCCUGAGUCCAACAGACAGGUGGAGAAAGCCAACGGCUUGAUCCUGGCCGACAUCCGGCCCCGGUUGGUUGAGCCACUGGAGCGCGCCGCCGGCUGCUAG